GUCGACGUCCCUGGGGGCGGAUGCGAGACACCAGUAGAUAUUACAAGAUUACCAGAUACCUGUACAGCGGACGCAAAAAUAUCCUCGUCAUCUCGGCUAUCAUUGUUGAUGUCAACGGUGCUAAAUGGCGGAGUAUCUGGGCCCGCCGACAUGAUGUACUUUCAGUAACUAAUUGAGGAUUUGAAUUUUUAAAGAAAUACCACUGACAAGUAGAUUGCUAGAGAUGAGUUCUGAUAGAAAAAAGAUUCCUGACCCUCCGACACCAGUUCCUUCAACUGGCAAUUUGCUUUCAAAUGUAGCACCACCGCUUCAACUUCCAAAUUUUGUGACUGCUGUCGCUGAACCAAUGCCUACGUCCCAGCGUGAACCGGUGGAGCAUCCAGUCCCAGUUCAGCCAAUAGUAAUACAACAACCUACGAAGAUAGAUCAGCAAGCAUCAGAGAAGUUUUGCCCUGCAAUCCCGCCUAGUAAAGGAACACCAUUAAUGUCUAUACGAUCACCCGAAGACUCGGAGACUGCACAAACUCCAGAAUCCAUACCAGAAAUUUCACCCGAGAUGGAUUCAUUCAGUGAUAUAAUGCCAGGCACCGGGUUGCUGACGUGGGUGAAGGGUGCAGUUGCCAGUGGUGGUAUUCUACAAAGAGUAGCCGAGAAGGCGAAGAAUUCAGUAGAUUCAAUGAUCACUACCCUUGAUCCACAGAUGAAGGAAUAUCUUAAAAGCGGAGGAGAUCUGUACAUAGUGGUCGCAUCGGAUAAAGACGUGAAAGUAUCACCAAUAAGAGAAGCUUUUCAGACAGUUUUUGGAAAGGCGACUGUGGUAGGUUUCGCGGCUCAGUCUGACGUGACAGCGGCUCAGCCGGUCGGCUAUGCGGCCGCUUAUGCAGCAGCGAAACAGAGGUUAGCAGAUCUUCGGUCCAGACAUUCGGAAAUAACAAACAAUGUUCCCCUAGUGGCCGUUGAGAGUUUCUUGCACGAAGCGAUCGCAGACAGAUGGUACGAGAUGUCGUUGAUGAUCCUGUCGCAGCCGUCUCUAGGCGUUGAACUGCAAGUGCAGUCGCAGGGCGCGGGCGUGCCGGGCGCCGCCGUGUCCGCCGCGGCCGCCGCCACCGCGCCCUCCUACCCGCACGCGCAGACCGGCUACAGCCUCACCGUAGGAUCCAUCAUGGCCGACAGCCUACAGGUCCCGCACACCGACUGGCAAGAGGCGUCGACCGGCGUGUCUAGGAGGGAAAUUCUUUUGUUAGCGGCUAAGUCACUGGCGGGCUCAUACAAACGGGUACUAGCGGUAUCCGCUGCCGAGACCUAAGGACGCGGGACGUGGAAUAUCAUCGUGUCAUUUGCGUUAUCAUUAAAAAAAGCGUAACACGCCACCGGAGCUGACGUCUCAUUAUCCAAAAGGAGCUACUUUGAAUCGUGACUUUUCGAUAAGAAGCCAAUAAACGUAUCGAUGCCGUUGGUCCGUUUUAAUCCACAACAAUAAACUCGAUUGCCCAAUAAUAAAAUUUCGGAUCGUAAAUUAUAAUCGACGUUUUCGCGUCUUUAGUGUUCAAUUUUAUAAUGUCACAAUAUGAUGCGCAUUUACGACGUUUGUUAAUGUAACUAGUCUUAGCCGCGUAAUAAAUUAAUCUAUAUAUAUAUAUAAAAAUGAAUUGCUGUUCGUUAGUCUCGCUAAAACUCGGUUGGACCGAUUUGGCUAAUUUUGGUCUUGAAUUAUUUGUGGAAGUCCAGAGAAGGUUUAAAAGGUGAAUAAAUAUGAAAAUGCUUGGAAUUAAAUAAAAAUAACAAUUUUGUUUUCCCUUUGAUGUGUCCCCCGUCGGACGGAUUCCUUUUGUUUGUUUUAAGUUUAUUUUAUACAAAAGCUUAGGUAUUAUAUUUAUCGAUUGAGGCACUACGAAGUCUGCCGGGUCAGCUAGUAUGUAAUAUAAAUUUGUCACAACGCCCGCGAUCGAAUGUUAUAAAGUUACAUUUUUUUUACAGCUUAUUCACGUGUUUGUUACUGUAACUUAACCCACAGACCACCCACUGCGUUUCCCGCCGGAUCUUCUCAGUGGAUCGCGAUUCCAAUCAUGUAGUAGAUUGAGCGACUGCUUUUGCUAAGGAAUUUUUUUUUCUUUUUCUUUUAUUGCUUAGUUAGGUGGAGGAGUUCACCACAGCCCACUUUUUAGUACGCGCCGUGGAAUAAUAAAAAAAAAAGAUCCAAGUUUAAAUAUUUAAGAUUUGCGCUGAGCUUAUAUAGACUCUUGAAAUAGGGUUACCGGAAAGAUGAAACCGGAACUCCUUUAGACAUUCCUUCUAUGCGCAAAGAACCGUAAAUAUUAAUUAAUUUUUGCGGGGAGAUUAAAGACGAAGAGACUAUCUUCUAGACCGACGGUUCGAAUUAUUCUUAUUUUUUUUUCUACCUUUUCUGUUAGCCUUGAGAGGCUAUUUCAGCUUCGCCUUGACGUGUAGGUGAGCUCACGGGGCUCAAACCGGGAGUGUUGCUAACACUAACCCUAGCAAGAGCAGUGCUUCGCAGAAUAUACCGCCGGAUCGGAAACGCGACCCACUGAGAAGAUCCGGCGAGAAACUCAGUGGGCAAGAAUGUUGUUGUUCAGAACUUGUAUAUAUUCAAGCUUAUCUUGUAAAUGUCGAGAUUCAGGCAUCCGUCAAAUAUCUUGAGUUCUAUAAUGGCUACCGUCACAAUUUUGUUGUCAUAUAAAUUUGAUAUAUUCAAAUGUCGACCAUUAAUAUGUACCUCAGUCCUCCGCGAAAACUAUGUGUUCGUAACGUCCGUAAUAUCUAUUUCAUUGAAAAUAAUAAACUCGAUUUUAAACCGUAUAAACAAUAUAGUUAAGUGCGAUAUUUCAAUGAGAUUUCAGUUGUUAUUUGUUCAGAUCUGUAUAGUAUAAGCAGAAGAAUGUAAUAAUUUUAGUAUCAUCAUAUUUAAGUCCCAGUCGUUAAUUAAAUUGCAAACAACGUUAACACACUCGAAAUCAAAUAAGCUAAUCGCAAAAUCGGAUUGAAUUGGAGAUUUGCUCUGUUACAGAAUUAGUAAUAUUUUAGUUAAUCAAUAUUCUCGAUCAUUCCAUACAAUGUAAUUUUCCUUCAUCUUUCCUUUUAAUUUUAGUAAUUUAGUAAAAUAUUUAAGAUUCAUCAACAAAAAAAGUGACGAAUUGUUUAACGUUUUCGUUUAACUUGUAGAUAGUUAUAUUGUAAUUAUAUCUGUUACAUGGUAAGAUAAAUAAAAUUUUACAAUGUU